CUGGAUCACAAACGGGUCAGGGUAACUCUGUGUCAGCCGAUGGGGUUGGAAGAAGAACUUCCGCUGUCUAUGAACACCCAUCGAUCACUGAGUCCAUGCCAGCGGGAAAGCGAUUGUCCAUGCGUUUAAGUUGGCGAAACCACAUUACACCCGCCCAGCUCGAGGAAGGCAGGGCUCCAGGUAAAAGACAGUCACGCUUCUCUAGCCAGUCUGUCAAUGGCGAUGUUGGUGGCAACGGAACCGGAGGCCCUCGCACGACCAGCCUCGCCAGUCAUUACAACAUGGCAAGUCUAGUGAAUAUCAAACACAAAAGAAAGGUCUGGGUCAGAAUUCUUCUGGAAUUCGGAGGUUAUAUUGUCAUCGUCGCAUUCGUGUACUUUGUCCUCAUUGGGUUGCCAUUGUGGAAGGGCGCAGUAUACUGGCUAUACUGGGUGGUAAAAUACAAGUUUGUUGUCGAAGGAGGCUGGUCUAUUGUGAUGGGUCUGGUAGUACUAUUUUCCUACACUCCUCUUCUAGCUCCUUUCGAAAAGCCCCCUCCAGACGCUGAGUUUUACUCGCAGCGAAACAUCCAACUAAGCAGCACUCCGACUUGUGCUCUUAUAAUUCCGGCUUACCGAUCUGGUGCAUUUAUCGGAGAUACUCUUGACGCGGCAUUGAAGGUCUUUCCUGCCUGCCAUAUCUUUGUAGUUGCAAAUGGAAAUUCCUCAAGCCCGCUGGAUACGACAGAAGAAGUCUGUCAAAUCCGUGGAGUAAACCAUCUCUGGUGCCCUAUAGGAUCGAAAAUAAUCGCCAUAUUCGUUGGCUGCCACGCUGCCAAAGGCUUUCCCCAUAUCCUGCUCAUGGACGACGACUGCAUCCUUCCUCCGGACUUCCCAGUCGUCACUUCCCGCCUCACCAAGGGAACACAGUGCAUUUCGUAUACAAUCAAGUGCACAGGGGCCGACUCUUCGGGGAUGACAUGGUGCCAAAAGGCACAGGAUCUAGAAUACAAAUUAGCGGGCUUAACUCGCAGCUUCGCGGGACGAGUCGGUAGUGCUACAUUCCCUCAUGGAGCGAUCUCUCUCUGGAAUAAACGGUUUCUGAAAAGGGUCAUGGAGCACCAUCCCGGCUUUUCCAUCAGCGAGGACUGGUUCAUGGGACACGCCUGCCGACGGCUUGGAGGGCGGAUCCAGAUGUGCAGUGCGGUCUUUGUGGAGACGGGCACGCCUUCAGCGCUGUUCUGGACCAGCAGUGCGCAAAGUAGAGGAGGCUUCGGGGAGACGACUUUAUUCAAGCAGCGGUUUUUACGCUGGAACCUUUUUGUUUUCAGCAGUCUGUGGCAUAAUAUGGCAUAUAUAGCUGCUUCCUGGAAGUUAGGAUGGUGGGAAUUCGGUGCGAAGAUCUUCGUCUUUCAAGAGGUGUACGAAACAAUGACCUAUCUACUUGCUUCUUUCAUAUUGCCGAUUUCCAUCAUGGUGAAGCCAGGAUUCUGCAUGACUAUUCUGGCAGCGAUAGUGGGACUGUACCUGCUUCAAGCCCUUAUCUUCAACGAGAUUCACCUUCGGCGGAAAAAGGAACACGUAAACUGGGCUGUUAUUAUUGGAUACUAUGUUCCUUAUAAAAUGUGUCUAAGCCUGAUCAACGUCGUGGGCUCGUAUUGGUGCCUCUUCAAAUAUGCGCGAUACUUUGCACAACAGCGUCUAAAGCUUACAGAAGACCACAAAGUAGUCGGGAUGGUAUUGAAGCUGGAACAGCAGAUGCAGGGCGCGACUCUCAGCCGGAGAAUAACAGUCAGGAGAGUGGAUACGGUGAAUGACAGUAACCAGACGCCCUGAGUGCGUGGGAGUUCUGGCUAUACCCGUCCACACCGUAAUGCAAUCUAUAACAGCUUGACUGGGCCGGUCACAGCGUCGACUUCGACAGGACACCUUCGGAGAAGCCAAGACGGUUUUAUUGACGUUGCCGAGAUACGAU